UCACACCCACGCACUGCUCUACAAACCGGAAACUCGGAGCCAUGGAAGCCUGUUUCCUCGUCUCCAAUUCCUUCACCAAAACCCCCGAUCAGCCUCUUCACAUGCUCAAAUCUCCUUCUCUCUCCUUCCCCAAAAGACCAUCUCUUCAGUUCCACUCCAGGACAGUCGCUCUUCCAUGUUGCCAUCUCUCAUCCUCCUCGCCCUUCGAUGGCGAUGGUGAUCGGCCAUCUCAAAACGCGGAUUGGCGAUCCUUCCGUGCAAAGCUGGUGGCCGGUGAACAGCUGAGAACGGCGCCGGACGAGCCUUCCUCUUCUUCCGUCCCCGAUCCGCGACCGAUCAGCCUGGGGGACAAAUGGGCCCACAUCAUCCACGAGCCUGAAAAGGGCUGCCUGCUCAUCGCCAAUGAGAAGCUGAAUGGGGUCCACAUAUUUGAGCGGACGGUGGUCCUGCUUCUCUCCACCGGACCCAUAGGCCCCUCAGGGAUCAUACUGAAUCGACCGUCCUUAAUGUCGAUCAAGGAGACGCGAUCGACGGCGAUGGACGAGGAGGGCACGUUUUCAAACAGGCCCUUGUUUUUUGGUGGGCCGCUGGAAGCGGGCCUAUUUUUGUUGGGCCCAAAAGAGGAAGGCCUGGAGAAGAGUGCGAGUGGGGUGUUGGAGGAGGUGAUGAAGGGCCUGUACUAUGGGACGAGGGAGAGUGUGGGUUGUGCGGCUGAGAUGGUAAAGAGGAAUGUGGUUGGGGUUGGAGAUUUGAGGUUCUUCGAUGGGUAUUGUGGGUGGGAGAAGGAACAGUUAAGGGAUGAGAUCAGGGCUGGCUAUUGGACUGUGGCUGCUUGUAGCCCAAGUGUGGUUGGGCUGGAAAGUGUCGGAAGUAUUGGGUUCUGGGAGGAGGUUCUUGGGCUUAUGGGCCGAAGGAAGGUUUGGUGAGACAUGUGGCCUAAGCUGGAUGGAUUGACUGACCUUAUAAUGCAACUUCUUUGGAACGCUCUGACAACAUGAAGGAUUAUUCACUGGCAAAAAAAAAAAAAAAUUUCUAGGUUGGAUAAUCCAAGGCCUUGUGUCACCCAGUCUCGUACUUACUCGUCCAUAGUAGUUGUAAAUUGUGAUUGUUUUUUAAAUUGCUUUAAAACUGUGUAAAGCGUUUUGAGGUUUACCUUUAUUAUGUCCUCUAAAUGAUGGGGUUCAUCCA